AUGGCGGAUAAUAACGGCAUAAGCGGUGGAUUGGAAGGGACGACCCUACCCCUUGCGAUGACUCUCAGCGCUUUUACGGCCAUAGCGUGGUAUAACGUUAUCGAUCUCAACGUUUCCAUUUGGAUAACCUUCAAGAGACGUCGCGGGCUUUACUUCUAUAGCCUGCUGGUAUCCUCAUGGGGAAUCAUGAUAUAUGCACUAGCAUUUCUCAUGAAGUUCUUCCAAGUCUGGAAAAAUGACUACGUUUCUGUUGCUUUGAUUACCAUCGGCUGGUAUGCUAUGGUUACGGGCCAGUCUCUUGUACUCUAUUCUCGACUUCACCUCGUCGUCCGCGACAAACAAAAGAUCAAAUGGGUUCUCUACAUGAUUAUCAUCGAUGUUUUCCUUUUUCAUUUUCCAACAACAGUUUUGACUUUUGGGGCAAAUUCACCUCACGCCGAUAUUUUCUCCACGCCAUAUUCAAUCAUGGAAAAGAUUCAGGUCACCGGAUUCUGUAUCCAGGAAUUCAUCAUCUCUGGUCUAUACGUUCACGCAACAAGACAAAUACUCAAACCAGGAGAGACCUUUCAGAAGAAGCGCUUUCGGCGGGUCAUGCGACACUUGAUUUAUGUCAACAUUCUGGUGAUUUUAAUGGAUAUCACUCUCCUCGGCACCGAGUAUGCAAACCUUUACGACAUUCAGAUCACCUUCAAAGGCACUCUCUACAGCAUCAAGCUUAGGCUCGAAUUUGCCAUUCUCAACCAGCUGCGGUCGAUUGUACAUCCCUCUGGCACCUCAUACGACAACGGCGCAAAUUCUCAACCUGGCCCGAGGGAUAUCUCAUUGCACACAUUUCAAAAUCAAAACACCGCUUCACAAGCUCCCGCCAACGGGAAUUCGUCAACGCAAGACAAGAAGGGAGCUGAGGAUGAAACAAGCUUAGAGGACCUUGCUGCGACGUCUGGAGGUGGUGGAAGCGCAAUUGUUACUGGUAGGGCUAGCCGACAGAAGGGGGCCUAUUCUUCGAAUUCAUCGGAGAUUGAAUUUGCCGGAGCAGGGUAUUAA